AUGCCAAAUUAUGUGAGGUUCCUGAAAGAGAUACUCACAAAGAAGAGAACGUUGGGAAAGUAUGAAACAGUAGCAUUGACUAAUUCUUGCAGCAUCAUACUCACGAGCAAAAUUCCUGCAAAGAUGAAAGACCCUAGAAGUUUUACCAUACUAGUUUCAAUUGAAGGACAACAUAUAGGACUUGCCUUAUGUGAUCCGGGCGCCAGCAUCAAUCUCUUGCCAUUAUCAAUUUACAACAAGUUGGGCAUUGGAAAAGCAAGGCCUACAACAGUGACCUUACAGUUGGCGGAUCGAUCCAUUAUGCAUCUAGAGGGAAAAAUUGAAGACGUUUUGGUACAAGUAGAUAAAUUUAUUUUUCCUGCUGACUUUAUCAUUUUGGAUUAUGAUGCAGAUAAGGAGGUUCCUAUUAUUCUUGGAAGACCAUUCCUUGCAACUGGGAGAGCUUUGGUAGAUGUCCACAAAGGAGAGCUGACAAUGCGUGUGCAGGAUCAAGAAGUGAAAUUCUUGGUGCAUGACUCUAUGAAAUUUCCUGCUGAUUAG